AGGACAGGACGUCAUAUGAGAACAUUGUAGAAAGUUGAUACUGCACUCAAGGAAGUUUCGACAAACGUGAUCACAAAGAUUAAACAAAUUUCAGUAUGUUGCUACGUUACUUCGCUUACGUUGUGUCAUUAACGUUGAUUUUGACGUGUAACGCGCAGACCGAUGCGCGCAGAGUGACGGAAACACUUCGGGUUGCUAAUGGAGGUCAGUAUGGUAGUUGGACCACGGACGAGUUCUGUCCACCACACCAAUUUGCAGUCGGGUACGACAUGAAGAUCGAGCCCUAUCAGGGUAUCACGGGUGACGACACGACACUGAACGCAAUCGCGCUCGUCUGCUCGGACAUUGAGCGUCAACAUUUUGGAGAGAAGGCCGUUACUUCCGGCCAGGGUCCAUUUGGCGACUGGAAGGGUCGCGUUACCUGUAACCAGCCAAUCGGAAGCGCUGCUUUCCUUUCGGCGUUUGACCUAGAAGUGGAAGGACCACAAGGCCGCCUGGACGACACUGCUGCAGGCUGGGUGAAGUUUAAGUGCACACAGAUGGAUGACGGUAGCGUUCAGGACCUUGUCAAGGACCCAGGCCAUAACACCGGAUCCUGGGGUGGCUGGAGCUCUUUCUGCCCCCGGGGUUCGGCGAUUUGCGGCCUCCAGACGAGGAUCGAGCCUAAUCAAGGUAAUGGUGACGACACAGCGCUGAAUGACGUCAUUUUCUACUGCUGCGCUUUAGACGAAGGUGGCUCGGUUGUGGGAAAAUAAUCGAUUGUUAUUUAUUAUUUUGUUGUAAACUUAUUGAUUGCAAUUUCAAUAAAACUGUAUCAACA